AUGAUGCAGCAGAUGAUGCAGCAAAACCAGAUGAUGGCUCAAAUGAUGCAAGGCAUGCAAGGACAACAGCCUCCUACUCAAGCUCCUGUUCCUCAAGCUGCAGCUGGACCUGAUUUUCGUGCCUUCUUCAGGAUGGAUCCUCCAGAGUUUGUUGGCGGACUUGAUUCACUUUUGGCUCAUGAUUGGUUAGCUGGUAUGGAGAGGGUGUUCCAAGCCAUUCAGUGUACUGAAGAAGAGAAGUAUUUCCCUAAUAGUGUGAGGACUCAGAAGGAGCGAGAAUUCCAGAACUUCAAGCAAGGUGACAUGUCUGUUUCAGAAUAUGCAGAGAAAUUUGAAGACUUGGCUGAUUACUCCCGACAAGCUGUUUAUGCUCUAGAUGAACUAUGGAAGAUUGAUCAUUUGAAGAGGGUUCAAGAAGAAAGGAACCAGAACAGGACUAACUUUAGGGAGCAAGGGAGAUCUACUCAACACUUGAGGCCCCGUAAUCCCCCACCAAAGAAGAAGCAGGUUUAUGGUGAUCAGUCGGCUCAACCGCCCCAUUGUCGCAAGUGUGGAAGGAAGCAUACCGGGGAGUGCAAGUUUGUUUCUGUGAUUUGUUUUAGAUGUGGCGAGCAGGGCCACAUAGCUCCACAGUGUCCACAAAAGAGGAUUCCUGAGAAGACUGCAGGUCGUGUUUACACUUUGGAUUCGAGGAAGGCCAAGGGAAACAGCAAUCUCAUUGCGGAUAC